AUGGCAAGUCUCUUUUUCUUUUAUUCACUUCUCUGUUUUUUCUUCCUAAGCCAAAGCUUUUCUUCAUCAUCUCUGCAUCAUCUUUGCUUGCCUAGUAAAGCUUCUGCUUUGCUUCAAUUUAAACAUCCCUUUGAAAUCUCCGAUGACUACUCUGACUGUCAUAGUUCUUUCCCAAAAACAACAUCUUGGAAUGAGAGUAGGGAUUGCUGCACUUGGGAUGGAGUCAAUUGUGACAUGUUAACGAGUCAUAUUACUGGCCUGGACCUUAGUUGUAGUCAGCUUGGUGGAAUGAUUCAUCCCAACAAUAGCCUUUUCCAACUUCAACAUGCCCAAAGACUAAACCUUGCUUACAAUUACUUCAAUUCCAACUGGCAUUCUUCAAUUCCAAUUGGCAUUGGUCGCUUGAAGAAUUUGAGGCAUCUCAACCUUUCUCACUUUGAAUUUGAUGGUAAAAUUCCAACCGAAAUCUCAUACCUUUCCAAUUUGGUUUCACUUGAUCUUUCUUCAGAUAUGUAUAAUGCGUAUGGAUCACUUGAUCAGAAAACAUUUGAAACACUGCUUCAGAACUGCACAAAUCUGGAGGUUGUUUCUCUCACUGGUGUCAACAUCUCAUCUUUGAUACCUAUGAAUUUGUCUUCUUCAUUAAGGUAUGUGGAUCUUACAGCUACCAAUUUGCAAGGUGUUCUCACAGAGAGAUUUUUUCUUCUGCCUAACUUGGAAAGGCUCAAAUUGGGUCACAAUUAUCAUCUCAAAGGAGUUUUACCAAAGAUCUACCCCAGCAACACUCUGUUGGAGUUGGAAAUUUCAUACACAGGCAUCUCUGGUGAGCUGCCUGAUUCCAUUGGCACCUUGAGUUCCUUGAAUAGCUUGAACCUCCACGGAUCAAUAUCUAAACUGAAGCAGCUCACACGUUUAUAUCUUUCAUCCAACUCCCUUGGAGGUGAAAUUCCCAAUGUUUUCUCUAACCUCCAAGUGCUAGUUGAAUUGAGUUUUUCUACUAACAACUUCACUGGUCCAUUUCCCUCCUUAAUUUUAAACUUGACUGGUCUUGAAAUCAUAGAAUUGUCGAUUAAUUCCCUAUCUGGUCCACUGCCUAGCAAUGGUCAGCUACCUUCUUCUAUCUGUAAGUUAAAGAACCUUAUAUUGUUGGAUUUAUCACAUAACAAUUUCAAUGAAUCAGUUCCACAUUGCUUGGGAAGCAUGACUUGGCUAGGGGUUCUCGACUUGAGAAGAAAUAAUUUCAUGGGGAGUCUUCCACCAUUAUGUGCAUAUAGCACUUCAUUGAGUACCAUUGUAUUGAAUGGUAAUCAAUUUGAAGGACCUGUCCCUGUGUUGAGCAACUGUACUGGUUUAGAAGUUCUUGAUUUGGGGAAUAAUGCAAUAAAUGACUCAUUUCCAGCUUGGCUAGGAACUCUUCCCAAGCUGCAGGUCUUUAUAUUAAAGUUGAACAAGUUCCAUGGACCUAUUAGUUCUUGCCAGACUAAGUCUUGCUUUCCCAAGUUGCGAAUUUUUGAUCUUUAUCAUAAUAAAUUUAGUGGAUCACUGCCUGUAACUGUUUUUGAAAGCUUCAGAGCAAUGGCCAGAUUACAUGACGGAGACAAAGGCAAGAUCAGAUAUAUGAGUCAAGAUUUAGAAGGUGGUGUUGGGUACGAGGAUUCAGUGGGGUUGGUGAUCAAAGGCCAGGAAUUUGAGCUAGAAAGAAUCAACACAAUUAUGACACUCAUAGAUCUCUCAAGCAACCAUUUUGAAGGUAUGAUUCCAAAAACACUUAAGGAUCUUGGCUCACUUAGGCUCGUCAAUUUAUCACAUAACAAUCUCAGAGGUGAUAUUCCAUUUGAAUUAAGGCAAUUGAAUAUGCUUGAAGCCCUAGAUCUCUCUUGGAAUCGGCUCACUGGAAAGAUUCUACAGGAAUUGACAAGGCUGACAUUUCUGGCAAAGCUAAACCUCUCACAGAAUCAUCUCGUCGGACCAAUUCCUCAUGGUCCACAAUUCAACACAUUUGAUAAUGACUGA